AUGUCGACGGAUUCUCAAAAGACUGCUGUAAUGAAGCUGGUGACGAACGAUGGCGAGAAUUUCGACGUCCCACGCGAUGUUAUACGCCUCUCGACGACGAUCAACACCAUGCUACAGGAUUUGGGCUUGGAUAACGAGUCAAAUGACCCCAUUCCUAUCUGUAACGUGUCGGGUCCUAUCAUGAAAAAAGUAUUGCAAUGGUGCACAUAUCAUAAGGACGAUCCUCCUUGCACGGAUGAUUCCGACAAUCGGGAAAAGCGCACCGACGACAUUCCCAGCUGGGAUGUGGAGUUCCUGAAAGUCGAUCAGGGAACACUUUUCGAAUUAAUCCUUGCCGCCAAUUAUCUCGAUAUAAAGGGACUGCUUGAUGUCACUUGUAAAACGGUCGCCAAUAUGAUCAAAGGGAAAACGCCGGAGGAAAUUCGUCGUACGUUCAAUAUCAAAAACGAUUUCACACCUGAAGAGGAGGAGCAGAUUCGCAAGGAAAAUGCAUGGUGUGAAGACUAA